GGUAAGAGUUGAUUUUUGCCAAUAUUAUUGAGAGGAUUCGUGUGAUGCGAGUGUCAAGAUAGGAUUGUCUGGCUCACUGUCAACGGCUUUCUGAAAUUUCAAAUCGUUUUGCUUUCUGCACCACGGAAUCACGAUACGUACGAUACGUGCGUCUUGUCCGGGGGCUUUGGGGGGUUCGCGUAUUUCAAUCGCGAAAUAAUGAUUUGCGUCUCGAUAGAGUUUCGAGAAUUUAAUUUGGCUGCAAUCAGUAUCAGGUAAAAUUACAUACGCACAUGAUCUGUUGUUUGUCAAGCAUAAAAUUCAAGAUGAUGCUUUGGAAUUUGGAAAAAUUUGAAAAACACGCGCGGCGAUUGUAAAUUAAAUUAAAUGAAUUAGAAAUAUCGAUCGAUAUGCCACGUGAUUACCACUUUUGUCACGUGAUUAUCAUUUUUUGGAUUGUUCCUCGAUCGUUGUUUUACGGAAAAUUUAUCAUUUACAGUCGUACUUCUUGUCAGUGUUUGUGAUUUGUGUUGCCUUUAGUUUAGUUAAUUAUACUUCAUCAUUUUUGCUACAUUAUUAUCUCGAUUAAUAAGCGUGAGUGUCAAUUUUGCAACAAGUGCAAAAAUGUUUGCAAGCAAUGUGCAUAAUAUUUCAUAAACUCUCUGGACCCAGUCAAACUGUCGCUUAAGUUUUACAUAUAAAUAACAGAAAUAAUAUAUAACUAUUUCACAUUAUAUCCAGAUUAAUAUACAAUCAAUCUUUGAUAUUAAGAGUAAUUAUUAAAAAUGCAAGAAUUAAAAUAUUAAAGAUAAAACUAUCUUUCUUUAAUUAAUCAUCUCUCAAUAUCAAGAUGAUUUCACAGUCUGCAUUAUUUCAAAGUAAUGUGAUUAUCUCGUUUGUAGCGAAGGUAAGUUUAAGCAUUCAUGUAAAUUUUCAAUAACUGUCUCGCUAUGGGGAGCAAGUCCGUAAGAAUAUGCAUCAGCAUUUGUUCAAGAUGUCUAACAUCUCUGAAAUAUGUUACAUGUAUCCACAAGGUGUCGUCUAUUGCAGAUUGUUUUAGCCAACUAUUACAGAUGCCAUACAUUCUAGUACGUGGUAAUCUAGCGUCGUACGGUCAUAAGUAUCCCUGGAGGGUUCUAGUGUCAGGGCUUAAAGCGGCUGACAUAGAGCAGCUGAGUCGCUUCUCCUCCGGAGGAUAUUGCGACGACUCGACGAUAGUGUACAUGCAACAUCCUUGCGUGCUAUUGACCGCUUUAGAGGUACUCGGUUACAAAGUCGUCGCAUCUUCCAGCACUAGCGUUAAACAGGAUUAUAAUGAGUACAUGUGGACCAUGAGAAAAGAGUUCUCAGAACCGGAACCUGACACUGUCGUAAAAGCCGAUCGUUCCGCUCGCGGCACUCGCCAGAAGAUGUAAAACGAUCGUCGUGAACGCCGGAAAUCGUUGCGGCGUGCAGAAGAGCGGUUUCUGGAGUGUGGAGGUUAUGUUGCGUGUCGGGUUGCUGACGUCCCGCUUUGCGCGGGACACAUUGUGCCAAAACUGCUGAAUAGAUUGCAUCGCUGCGCGUUGAAUCAUUAUCGGGAACCGCAACCGGUGGCAGACAAUCGUCGUUGAUUCCUGGGUACAGCAGAGUUGUCAGUGUCUUAACAGAAGAUUGGAAACGCUCACCUGCAAAUUGUUGCUUGAAAAAAA